UGAUAAGUCUGCUUUCUCUGGGCAGGCUGGUGAGCAGAGCCGGCGCAAACUCAACGAGUCUCUCUUCAAGGUGGACAAGUCCGCCGCAGCCGACAACAAAGAUAUGACCACCAUCGAGGAAGAAGGCUCGGACACAUCUCUCGGCGAUGGCACUGUGAAUGAUGCUGCGGAACAGACUCCAAAGACGCUGCUCAACCAGUCUAGUCUGGAGGUGACCAUGCGACGUGCUGCACUGAGCAAAGAGCUCGAAAAUUUGAACAGAGUGUUGCAAGCCAAGGAGGAGCUUGCCAGCAAGAUAUCCAUGAAUGACCAGCACCUUGAGGUCAUGAAGGCGCAGUUCGAGGCAACCAAUCGUGAUCUCGAGCGUGAGAUAGCUGCUCUCAAGAAGGAACGUGAUGAGCUCUCUACCAUGGUGGCAAGUCAGCAGAAGUCUGCUAAAAGCCCGGCAGCAAACAGUGUGGCAGAGCAGCGGCGCAAGCGCAUUCAAGAGCUGGAAGAUCGUGUUAGCCAGCUGCGCAAGAAGGUCGACGAGCAGACCCGUGUGAUCAGACUCAAGGAGGAUGCGGAGCGCAGUGCCAAGAAGCUCCAGCAGGAAAUCUCUAACAUGAAGCAGGCCAGAGUGCAGCUCAUGAAGCGAAUGAAGGAAGAGUCCGAACGCCACAGGCGCCAGCAGACGGAGUGCAAUCGCGAGGUCCGGGCCUUGCGGAUGCGCCAGCAGCAGCAGUCGGCACAGAUGGCUCGCAUGGAGCGUCAAAAUGCCAUGCGCAUCAACGUGCUGCAGCGACGUAUGGAGGAGGCCCUGGCGGCGAAAAACAGACUCGAGGCUGCUCAGCGUCGCCGCCUGGAGAACCGUGCCAACGCCAGCGGGUUCGACAGCAUGGCGUUGCGCGUCAAGGCACGUGUUCCAGGGGUUAAUGUGCAAGCAGGGCUCAUUAAAAAUGUCAUCUUACAGCAUUUGAAAAUUGAAUAA